GUUUCUUCUUAUAGCUUCCUUUCUUUUGAACUCUAAUUAUUUUACGUAAAAAAAUGGAGAGGGUGAAUGCUCGAUUGGCCGUUCUCUCUGCACACUUGGAGGUGCCUGACCCCAUCGGAUUGGAACAGGUGUUACCGGCGGUCAUCGAGCCAUGGUGCACAUCUGGUUCUGCUGCACCACAUGGAUCUCUUAAGGGAAACUUGACGAUCGUUGAUGAGCGUACGGGGAAGAAAUACCAGGUCCCAAUCUCAGAGGAUGGUACCGUUAAAUCCAUUGAUCUCAAGAAGAUAACGAAGGGGAAGCAUGACAAGGGGAUUAGGUUAUACGAUCCUGGUUAUUUAAACACGGCUCCUGUUCGGUCUUCCAUUUCUUGUACUGAUGGAGAUGAAGGAACAUUACGUUAUAGGGGAUACCCAAUUGAAGAGUUGGCUGAGAGUAGCACUUUUCUUGAGGUUGCUUAUCUCCUCAUUUAUGGGAAUCUGCCUUCACAAAGUCAGCUAGCUGAUUGGGAAUAUGCGGUUUCUCAGCAUUCAGCUGUUCCACAAGGACUGUUGGAUAUAAUUCAGGCCAUGCCUCAAGAUGCACAUCCAUCGUGUGCUUUUGUCAGUGCAAUGAGUGCACUUUCCCUCUUUUAUCCUGAUGCAAACCCUUCUCAUAUGGGCCAAGAUGUUUACAAGUCAAAACAAGUUCGUGAUAAACAGAUUUUUCGUAUUCUUGGACAGGCACCUAUUAUUGCAGCAGCUACGUUUUUGAAGACGGCAGGCAAGCCUCAUGUUCUUCCUUCGAGCAACCUUUCUUAUGCAGAGAACGUACUCUAUAUGCUGCACUCAUUGGGAAAUAGGUCUUACAAGCCUAAUCCUCGUCUAGCUCGAGUGUUGGAUGUCAUCUUCAUACUACUUGCUGAGCAUGAAAUGAACUGCUCUACUGCCGCUGCUCGGCAUCUUGCCUCUAGUGGUGUUGAUGUGUACACUGCUAUAACGGGAGCUAUUGGUGCACUUUGUGGCCCACUUCACGGUGGUGCGAUUGAGAAUGUGCCUAAGAUGUUAUCAGAGAUUGGGACUAUUGAAAAUAUUCCAGACUUCAUCGAAUGCGUGAAGAACAAGAAGAAGAAGUUGUCAGGUUUUGGACACCGCAUUUACAAAAAUUACGACCCGAGAGAAAGAGUAAUUAGAAGACUGGCUGAUGAAGUGUUCUCCAUUGUUGGAAAGGAUCCUUUGUUCCAGGUAGCAGUUGCUCUAGAGAAGGCGGCACUCUCUGAUGAAUAUUUUGUUAAGAGGAAGCUUUACCCAAACGUUGAUUUCUACUCUGGAUUAGUCUAUAGGGCAAUUGGAGUCCCACCACAGUUCACCGCAAUCCCUCGUAUGGUUGGAUACUUGGCACAUUGGCUUGAGUCGUUGGAUGAUCCUGACACUAAGAUCAUGAGACCACAACAGGUGAAAAUGGAGAGGGUGAAUGCUCGAUUAGUGGUUCUCUCUGCGCACUUGGAGGUGUCUGAUCCCAUGCCGGCGGCGAUCGAGCCAUGGUGCACAUCAAGUGUUGGUGCACCUCAUGGAUCCCUAAAGGGAAACUUGACGAUCGUCCAUGAGCGUACAGGGAAGAAAUAUCGUGUCUCGGUCUCAGAGCAUGGUACUGUUAGGUCUACUGAUCUCAAGAAGAUAACGACAGGGAAUGAUGACAAGGGGAUUAAACUAUACGAUCCUGGUUACUUGAACACGGCUCCUGUUCGAUCUUCUAUCUCUUACAUCGACGGAGAUGAAGGCAUCCUACGUUAUAGGGGAUACCCUAUCGAAGAGUUGGCUGAGAGUAGCACCUUUCUUGAGGUUGCUUACCUCCUCAUUUAUGGGAAUCUUCCUACUCAGCGCCAGCUAGCUGAUUUGGAGUUUGAGGUUUCUCAGCAUUUAGCUCUUCCACAAGGACUACUGUCCAUACCUCAAGAUGCACAUCCAUCAGGCGCUUUUCUCAGUGCCAUGAGUACACUUUCCCUCUUCCAUCCUGAUGCAAAUCCUUCUCAUAUGGGCCAAGAUAUUUACAAGUCAAAACAAGUUGUUGACAAACAGAUUUUCCGUGUUCUUGGACAGGCACCUACGAUUGCAGCAAAUGCUUUUCUGAGGACAUCAGGCAAGCCUCCUGUUCUUCCUUCGUGCAACCUUUCUUAUGCAGAGAACUUACUCUAUAUGCUUGAUUCAAUGGGAGAUAGGUCUUAUAAGCCUAAUCCUCGUCUAGCUCGUGUGUUGGACAUUAUCUUCAUACUGCAUGCUGAACAUGAAAUGAACUGCUCUACUGCUGCGGCUCGGCAUCUUGCGUCUAGUGGUGUUGAUGUGUACACUGCUAUUGCUGGAGCUGUUGGAGCUCUUUACGGUCCACUUCAUGGUGGUGCAGUUGAGGCUGUCUCUAAGAUGUUAUCAGAGAUUGGGAGUGUUGAAAAUAUUCCAAAAUUCAUCCGAUGCGUGAAGAACAAGAAGAGGAGGAUGUCAGGUUUUGGACACCGAGUUUACAAAAACUACGACCCUCGAGCAAAAGUCGUUAAGAAACUAGCCUAUGAAGUGUUCAACAUUGUUGGAAAGGAUCCUCUCGUUGAGGUAGCAGUUGCACUAGAGAAGGCGGCAGUCUCUGAUGAAUAUUUUGUUAAGAGAAAGCUUUACCCAAACGUUGAUUACCCGAUUAUCCCACGUAUGGCUGGAUACUUGGCACACUGGCUUGAGUCAUUAGAUGAUCCUGACACUAAGAUCAUGAGACCCCAACAGGCUUAUACUGGAGUGUGGUUAAGGCAUUACGCUUCAGUGAAAUGA